UUUGAGUAGCCGAAAAGCAGGUGGCUCCCGCCACUCCAGGGCGACACUAGAUUGAGGUGUAAAGUGUGUACUAUUUAUAGGGCAUUUCUGGGCCUCACCCUAAGGACUUCUGAUUGGCUUUGGGGUAGAUCUAUCACUCAUCUUUUGGGUUCGAGGUGGGUGGAAGGUCAACCACGACCAAUACAAAACCACUCCUCAGCUAAGCCCCUCCCCAUCCAGCUUCCUGUUGCUGUCCAUCAACCACCUCGUAGGCGGGACUUCACGUCCCGCCAAUUGGCUGACGAACAUGUCGUUCACUCUUCAGUAGGUUUCCGGUUGGUGCCCUCUACUGUCCAUCAGUGACAUUUCACAAGUCUAUUGGCCAAACCAACGUCGCUCUAGACGCCUCUCUCUGAUUGGAUACUAGUGCUGUCGGUCCCCAAUGUACUGAACUCUUAUUGGUGAACGCUGCCGUCGCUCGGGCGGUGGCGGGCUCCGGGAUUGGCGGGUGCUGGGCGGGCGGUGUCAGGCUCUCGGUGGCGGCGGAGGCGGCGGAGGCCAGGGAGGAAGAUGUCGUAAUGAGCGGUGGGUCCUGACCGCUGCCGGCGGGGUCUUUCCGGCCCCCAAGGGUCGGGAAGACGGGCAGAGGCCGCAGGGAGGGGAAGCCGGGGCCGGGGGUUCCCCCCUGGGACCGGGCCUGGCGCCGGGGCCCGGCUCCGGGAGGGGCGGGGGAGGGAGGAUUCCCGCCCGGAGGAGGAGCGGGGCUGGCCAGCCGGGCGGAGGCACCCGGAAGGGGGCGUUCGACUCCCCGCCCCCUCGGAGCCCGCUGGGCGGGAGGGCGGCGCUUCCGGGGGCUGGUGAGAGGUGCGGGCACCCGGGCGUGCCUGGCACCCCCUUCACCCAGUUGCCUACCCACCUCAGUGCUUCCGGCCUGUGGACAUAGCCUGGGUCUGCUCCGAGGAGGCGGCCCACGCUCCUCGCGCUAGCCCUGUGUUGGGGGACCCUCCUGCAUUCUGACUCGGUACCUACCGGCGAUUCAGGGCCCUCCCGAGUGCAGAGAGGGGCGAGGGAGUGCUUAAAAUGCAGACGGCGCCAACCACAUGGGCACUGCGGGGCCUAGAAGCCAGCCUGGUUCCCGAUAUACCCCAAUGGAGAGAUGGUGUGUCAGGACACGAGGGCACCGCCCCCCCCCCCCCCAAAGGGCAGAUGACCUCUUGCCUUAGACUGCGACGUGGACAUAAACCUAGUAAUGUUUUCACUUGGGUCCUUGAACACCAGCUAGAUACCCGCAAGCUCUUAGCAGAAUUAUGAGCCGUUUAAGAACUUGCUGACAAAGCUCCCAGCCUGUUAGCUGAUGCUCCGUCGGUGGGACUGCUGAAUCCCAAAAGCCAGCAGGUCCACAGACCAGCAUGGCUGCCACUGCCGCUGUCAGUCCCAGUGACUACCUGCAGCCCGCCGCCUCCACCACCCAGGAUUCCCAGCCAUCUCCUCUAGCCCUGCUUGCUGCAACAUGUAGCAAAAUUGGCCCUCCAGCUGUUGAAGCUGCAGUGACGCCUCCUGCUCCCCCCCAGCCCACGCCACGGAAACUCAUCCCCAUCAAACCUGCCCCUCUCCCCCUCAGUCCUGGCAAGAAUAGCUUUGGAAUCUUGUCCUCCAAAGGAAACAUCCUUCAGAUUCAGGGGUCACAACUGAGUGCGUCCUAUCCUGGGGGGCAGCUGGUGUUCGCUAUCCAGAACCCCACUGUGAUCAACAAAGGGACCCGGUCAAAUGCCAAUAUCCAAUACCAGGCGGUCCCUCAGAUCCAGGCGAGCAAUUCCCAGACCAUCCAGGUACAGCCCAGUCUCACCAACCAGAUCCAGAUCAUCCCCGGCACCAGCCAAGCCAUCAUCACCCCCUCACCGUCCAGUCACAAGCCUGUCCCCAUCAAGCCAGCCCCCGUCCAGAAGUCAAGUACGACUACCACUCCUGUGCAGAGCGGCGCCAAUGUGGUGAAGCUGACAGGUGGGGGCGGCAAUGUGACGCUCACACUGCCCGUCAACAACCUCGUGAACACCAGUGACUCCGGGGCCACUGCUCAGCUCCUCACGGAGAGCCCCCCCACACCACUGUCUAAGACUAACAAGAAAGCCCGGAAGAAGAGCCUGCCUGCCUCCCAGCCCCCCGUGGCUGUGGCUGAGCAGGUGGAGACGGUGCUGAUCGAGACCACUGCGGACAACAUCAUCCAGGCAGGAAACAACCUGCUCAUUGUUCAGAGCCCUGGUGGGGGCCAGCCAGCCGUGGUCCAGCAGGUCCAGGUGGUGCCCCCCAAGGCCGAGCAGCAGCAGGUGGUGCAGAUCCCCCAGCAGGCCCUGCGGGUGGUGCAGGCGGCAUCUGCCACCCUCCCCACCGUCCCCCAGAAGCCCUCCCAGAACUUUCAGAUCCAGGCGGCUGAGCCGACGCCUACUCAGGUCUACAUCCGUACGCCUUCCGGUGAGGUGCAGACGGUCCUCGUCCAGGACAGCCCCCCAACAACAGCUGCAGCCACCUCUACCACCACCUGUAGCAGCCCUGCGUCCCGUGCUCCCCAUCUGAGUGGGACCAGCAAAAAGCACUCGGCCGCAAUUCUCCGGAAAGAGCGCCCCCUGCCAAAGAUCGCCCCCGCUGGGAGCAUCAUCAGCCUGAACGCAGCCCAGCUGGCAGCAGCGGCCCAGGCCAUGCAGACCAUCAACAUCAACGGUGUCCAGGUCCAGGGCGUGCCUGUCACCAUCACCAACACCGGAGGGCAGCAGCAGCUGACGGUGCAGAACGUCUCCGGGAACAACCUGACCAUCAGCGGGCUGAGCCCCACGCAGAUCCAGCUACAGAUGGAGCAGGCGCUGGCCGGAGAGGCCCAGCCCGGGGAGAAGCGGCGCCGCAUGGCCUGCACGUGUCCCAACUGCAAGGACGGGGACAAGAGGUCUGGAGAGCAGGGCAAGAAGAAGCACGUGUGCCACAUCCCCGACUGCGGCAAGACCUUCCGCAAGACGUCCUUGCUGCGGGCUCACGUGCGCCUGCACACCGGCGAGCGGCCCUUUGUCUGCAACUGGUUCUUCUGUGGAAAGAGGUUCACACGGAGCGACGAGCUCCAGCGGCACGCCCGCACCCACACAGGGGACAAACGCUUCGAGUGUGCCCAGUGUCAGAAGCGCUUCAUGAGGAGCGACCAUCUCACCAAGCAUUACAAGACCCACCUGGUCACGAAGAACUUGUAAGGCCAACUGAGGCGGGAGGCCCUGAAGAUACAGUCCCCUGUCUGUGUCCUGCCUGGGCCCCUGGUGGAAAGGAGGCUCCGGGUGCCCUGGGCCACCUUCAGCCCCUCCCUUCUGUUCUGCGACCGGUCCCAUAGGAAGGGGCUCCGUCGCCCAGUGCUCACCUCCUUCUGAAGCCCCUUGGCUCUGCCCUGGCCCUUCCCUCUCACCUCGAGCUCCGGCCUGCCCAGACUGUGGACAGUGGCCGUGCCCAAUGAGACGUUCUAAACCAGGACGAAUGGGAACCCUUAUUUCCAAAGGAAAAACAUGAAUUUCACUCCGUCGAGGAGCAAAGUGAGCCCCCCCCGACCCCGUCCUCUCCCCCCAACACUGCCGGAGUCGCAUUGUGCCAUGCCCCUCUCUCUCCCGCCCCUCCCCGGCCCCGCCAGCCACCCAGGACGCCCCGGGACCCUGUCCCCAGGGCACGGCCGGCAUCCACCUCCGGGGAGGCUCACGGGGCUGCCUCACGCCACAUGCCACAUGCCCAGCCCUGCCACCGCCCUCCUCCAGCACAUUCCAACUUUCUAUUUAAAAAGUCGAGCUAUCCACUGAUGCCCUCUUUUUCUAUGGAGAACGUUGCCUUAUACUCUACUUCAGAUGAUGAACACUGUGUAUUGUGUGUGCUUUAAAGUUUUAUUUAAUUGCUCCCUUCUUCCUGUCCUCGUUACUUGCCUCCCCCACGCCUGCUUCAGUUGAGGGUUUGGGGGGCCAUGAGGAGCGUCGGGGUUUUUUCUCUCUCUAGCAGUUUUCUUUUCUAAAGGACACAGCAUUUCAACUCAAAUCUGGAUUCAGAUGAAAACACCUCCACCUCCUGAUCCUCUGCCCUCAACCCGCCCUGACCGGCCCCAGCCCUACUUGUGUAUAGUGUAUAUUGUAUAAUAGACAAUUGUGUCUACUACAUGUUUAAAAACAUAUUGCUUGUUAUUUUUGAGGCUUUUAAAUUAAACAAAAAUCCAACUUUAUUUUUAGUUGUAACUGCUUGAGGUAUGUUUUAUGAAUUAAGUGACAGAUUUGUUAUCCUUUAUUAACGAUGUACUUUGUUGGUCAGCACUGGGCUGACAAAAAUUUUUUCUUGCUAAUAAAUUUAGUUGCCUGAGGCAAAAUCUGCAA